UUUUUUUUUUCUCUCUCUCUCUCUCUCAUUUUCCAAACACAAUAUACAAAUAAAUCUAAUGUAAUAAAAGAUCUAAUAUAAAUGAGAGAACAAAUCUAGUCUAAUAAAGCGUAGUGUUCUCAUUUGUAAUCAUAUCGCUAUCCCCCGGUAUCAUGUCAUUUGGUGUUAAUGCACUCCUACCGCAAUGUAUAAGUAAUACAAAUAAAAUGUUAAUUAGAACGCUACGUCAUGUUAUGAUAAUCGACAACAGAUGCUUCGCAGCUUCUAAUUAUGAAGGAAGCCCCCAUUGUUGAUCAUGUAUCUGUGCUACGGAGCAGAGAUAAUUCUUCUUCAGACGUAGUAACAGACUGCACUCAAAUUUACAAAGUUCCUUUAUUUAGUCGCGCAAAAUGAUUUUGCUGCGUGAUAGAAACAUCCGAGCGUUGAUACUCGUCGCGAUUAUGUUGUCGCAACCGGUGAAUUCAAACGUAAUUUUCCCGACAAGCACGUCCAGAACGAAAUGUCCUCCCGUAACAGUCUUAGAUUUCAUUCACAAUUCCACUCAACCGGAAUUGGAGAACAAAUGGCCCUGCGAGGUGCGAUCUUACUGGUUGUCAUUGCAACCGUUCGUCAAAUUCGUACGUUUCUUGCUCCGCUACGUGACGCCGUUUAUCAUAGCGCUCGGUGUAUUGCUAAAUACUGUAUCUUUUAGUAUGUUGAGCACACCUGUUCUGUGUGACUCCAAUUUGUCGCUUUAUCUGAGCGCGCUCGCUAUAUCGGACAACGGAGCGUUAAUUUUCAAUUAUGCAGUCAGCGUCGCAAAAUCGCACUCCACAUUUGUUAACGAUCUCUUUAUGAACAACAAGUUCUUGUGCGGCAUGAGUUCCGUGUGCAUGGAACUUUUUCAAUUUACAUCGACCUGGCUGAUCGUCGCCCUCACGUGGACGCGCGUGAUCGCUAUAGUGUUUCCAUUUGGCGCUCGUGGAUGUCAGAAUUGCUCCGCGGUCAUAAUCAUCACUUUAGCAUGCAUAAGCUUUACAAUAUCAUUAACCAAGUUAUAUUCUGGCGGUAAAGUGUAUAUCUCUCGUUUUGCGUAUCGAUACGAAACUGACAGCGUUUUCGAAUUUGUGCCGUGUCAAGAGAAGAUAAAGCCGUGGGGUAGUGCAAUGUACUUUUAUAUCGCAUUGUCUACAUGGCUUCCGUUGCUUUUUAUAUCCAUCGGCAACGUGCUGCUGAUUAUUCGCAUGAGAAAAUCGUACAAAAUCCACAACGAAUUAACUCAUAAUUUUAGAUAUAAAAGGAAAAAACCACACAGCUCAAGCAGGACGUUGCUUGCGGUAUCUAUAGUACAUUUGAUUUUAAUGUUGCCGCUCGGAAUAGUUGAAACAUUGGGACUUUAUUGGGACGUCAUCUUAAUCAGUUAUCCCGCUGGAGAAGAAAAUAAACAAUAUAUACAUUGGAUGCAAGAAAAAAUGUUUCUAAAAUGGUGUCGUGGCUUGUUCUUUCAUAUAUAUCAUUGGAAUUUUGCAAUAAACUUUUUUCUAUACUGUCUCACGGGGAAAAAGUUUAGAAGAGUUGUAACGCGGGCGUUGAAAAAUUUCGCGAAUUCAUAUUUAUUGUGUCACAAGGAUAUCUUAAAUUGCAGUAAUUGUCAUAAACAUUUGGCAGUAAUACGCUCUUUCGGUGUAUUGUUGGCAAGAACCAUCUUGCGAAAUAAAGAAUUUAUUGACAAUAAUAUUACAAGAAAUAAUGUCGACGAAAGAAAUGAUAAUGUUACUUAAUUAUAAUAACAAAGUGGAUUAGAAAAGACACUUUUUUUUUUAUAGAAAUGUUUUUAUACACAGGUUUAUAAAUUGCCUUUUAAUUGAUUGCCGAAAACAAUUUUUAGAUACAGAAAAUUCUAUUUAUUUUUUGUUUAGAUUUAUUUUGUAUACACAUGAAAUAUGUGUGUUUGUGUGUGUGUAUGUAUAUGUGUGUUGUGUUGUGUGUGUUUACACAUUAAACAUUGCAAAAUAUCACAUCGCAUAUUAGGCGUUUUCUGUAAAACAGCUUAGUUUUGAAGAAUUAACUAGUGAUUUAAUUACGUCUAAACGUUUCGUUAUUACAUACAAUUUUCGAUAUAACUUUCAAUUUUUUCCUAUUAUCACUCGCCUUUUCUAAUCCUAUCAACUAAGAUCCUGGUCCCAAUGUAGACCUUCGAUGUAACUGGAAUAUCACUAUAUCGUACACCAGUUAAUACUGUUAAUUCUAAUGAGAAUUUUUUUUCGGGUGAACUAUUUUAUAAAAGUAUACAUAUAUGUAUGUGUGUACUUUAUAUAUAUACAAUGUACACACACAAUGUAUGUGUGUGUAUAUAUAAAACUAUACACAUUCAACAUUAAUACAAAAUAACUUAAAACGAUAGGUAAAAUACGAUAGGUAAUCGAUAAAUUUUCAUUUUUGUUAUCUAGUGACUGAGGAAAAAUUUAUGCAUGUGUUGAAACGUUCAAAUACAUUUUUGAACAUACACAUGCAUACCAAAUUAAUUUUAUCAAGCAUGGUUACGCAUAAAUCGCACAUGUAGCUGUAAUUAAAUAUACACAUAUACAAAACUACUUAUAACUUUUGUAAACACAGAUAUUAAAUAAAGAAUUAUUUAUAUUUUCUUUUUCUCUCUUCUUCCCUUCAUAUUAUGCACAUUCGCAAAUAUUAUGUACCAUCAUUAUGCUGGUAACUGUUUUACUGUGAAAUAAUUCUAAAUUAGACAAAAUAUACAUAUAUAUAUAAUACAUCAUGUUAUAUGUAUAUGAGAUAACUGUUCUUGAGUUACAAUUUAUUUUUAAAUGGAACACUUACUUUACAUAUGCAUUAAUUAAUUUUUUUAUAUAGUGUACAAAUAGGAAAGAUGUACUAUCAAGUUUGGUAUAUCAAAAUACUAACAAAGAUAUAUAAACGAGGAGUUACAAAAUGACUGAUUUUUUCGAGAUUACGGUCUAUUUUAAUUUCAAAUCGACGAGCUAACAAAAGUUUAUAUGUUAUGUUGUGAUUUUGUUUUAUACAUUCGCGUAAAUGUUAAACUCUAUAAAUAUAACAAGUAAUCAUUUGUAAAACCCAAUGUUUACAUAUAAAUUACCUGAAAUAAAUUGUAGAUAUGUAAAUCAUCUCUAAAUUAUGGAUAUGAUUAUAGAGCAAUGUAAUUUGUUAUAAGUUUUAUAUAAUUAUUUCUUGAUAAUUCACUUGAUGAUUUUGAAGUAACAAGCAGGUUCCACUUCAUAAUCAAUUAUUUCUCUUUGCAUUUAAGAAAAUAUAAUUUUAAAUAUAUUUUCAAAGAUUAUUUUUAUCCUCAUAAA